UGUAGUUAGACAAUAACCCACUUUGACGACUAUUGAUCAUGCUAAUCUUUUUGCCAUUGUUGAUCAUCUUUUAUAUAACUCCCGCAAAGAUACGCCUUUUUCGCGUUCUUAGCAUGUUGACUAUUUGUUGAUCACCGUUUCUGUUUAACUCUCAUCAACGUGUCUGUUGAGCAACGAUGACGUCCUCGAAUCAACCUGAGAGGCCAAAUGUCUCUGGUGAUAGCAUCACGGAAACAUUUCCGAGUCAAGAUUCAGCCGAGGACACCAAGGUUCGCAAUUCAGUCGAGUCAACUGAAGAAAUGGGCUCCGGCAACGUCGUGUUGCAGUCUUCAAAGUAUGAAACGAGUUUCCUUCGUAGGAUAUUGACACCAAAGAAUUGUCGAUGGAACGAUGAGUCGCCACCAGCUUUGUCUAUGAGACAUUGCUGUCUCUACGCCAUGGCAUCAGGUAUUACAGUUGCCAACCUCUACUACAAUCAGCCAAUUCUCAACAAGAUAGCCGCAACUUUCAAUGUCUCAUACGAAGAGUCAUCCCAGGUUGCAACGUUGUUACAGUCAGGCUACGCAGCUGGUCUCAUUUUUGUUCUUCCACUCGGGGAUAUUCUCGAAAGACGCCCGUUCAUCAUAGCUCUAGUUUUGGCCACUGCAACAAUGUGGAUAGGACUCUGUGUGACGAAUGACUUUACCGUCUUCCGCGCCUUAUCUUUUGUAUGCGGUGCUACCACAGUGACACCACAGCUGAUGGUUCCCCUAGUGGGAGACUUUGCGCCAGCGCAUCGAAAGGCCUCUCUUCUUGCUAUCGUCACAUCAGGACUUAUGCUGGGUCUGUUGAUGGCGAGGUUGCUCUCAGGAGUGGUAGCGAAUUUCACAAGUUGGCGCAACAUUUACUGGUUGGCAUGCGGCCUGCAGUACCUCAUGGUUGCUGUGCUCUUCUGCUUCAUGCCUGACUAUCCGUCUACCAAUCCGGAUGGGCUGAACUAUCUCUAUGCUCUUUGGUCUAUUCCUCGUAUGAUGGUCACUGAGCCUGUUCUGAUACAGGCUUGUCUCAUUGCCUUUUCGCUGUCAGCUGUGUUCACGUCGUUUUGGACAACAUUGACAUUUCUACUCGCUUCUCCGCCCUUUGACUAUACAUCUCUACAGAUUGGUCUCUUUUCUCUUACUGCGCUUGCGACCAUCUUGUCGAUCCCCUUGAUUGGGAGGCUGAUUGAUCGUUAUGUGCCUCUACUCUCGACAAUAGGCGGCCAGAUCCUGGCGUUGACUGGAGCUAUCGUGGGAACUUUCACUGGAAACCUCACUGUUGCCGGACCUGUGAUUCAGGCUAUCGGUAUAGAUGUCGGUAUGCAGACAGCACAAGUGUCGAACCGCGCAGCCAUCUUCAGCAUCAAUCCCAAGGCGCGAAAUAGGGUUAACACGGCCUACAUGGCUCUGGCGUUUGCUGGACAAUUGACAGGCACGGCGGUGGGAAACAGACUAUACGCUAGUGGAGGCUGGAGGAGAAGCGGUGGAUGCAGCAGUAAGUCAACUCAACAGUCUCUGCGUUCUCAAAACUCUCUUCUUUCGCAAGCAAAUUGCUAAUGUGGAUAUGAACAGUCGCAUUCGUCGGAUUGUCCAUCUUGAUUGCUGUCGCAAGAGGACCCAGGGAAAAGGGAUGGAUUGGCUGGACAGGAGGUUGGCAUCCUCGACGAGAAAAGCCCGUGAUAACACAAACAGAAGAUGAAGAACAAGGCGAAGAACAGGACAGGAAGGAGGAAAGGUGAAAUAAAAAGUAUACAGUUUAAAAUAGAGUUGUUUCAUAGACGGACAACUGGCCGACAGUUCCACUAGUCACCGCCGCAAUAUCCUGUCAAUCACUUGAGAUCAGCCUCAAAAUGCAACAUCGCCAAG